UUUAGGGCACUUUCCGUCACUGCUCCAAAGGAAAGCCAUAGAACGAACUAUCGCGCUGCUGCUCUUGGAAUUUUUUGCUCUACAAUUUGAGGUGUUAUCUGGUUCGAGAUUUUGGUUGAUUUGUGUGAGGAGCGGAAAUUGUUUGUCGAAAAAUUAAUCGGAAUGAAUGUCGAUGGGGAAGGAGGUCAAGAAGGUGUGAAAAUGGUGGAGAAAUUGGUGUUCAUGUGGGGGUAUUUACCGGGGGCGUUGCCGCAGAGGACGCCUAUUUUGUCGCCCGUGGUGGUGCGACCACCCAACGGAGGAAAUCCUUGGAAGGAUGUUUGCGGCGGCGGCUGCGGUUUCGCCAUGGCAAUUUCCGAUUCUGGGAAGCUCAUUACAUGGGGAUCCACGGAUGACUUGGGUCAAAGUUAUGUGACUUGUGGGAAACACGGGGAAAUGCCAGAGCCUUUUCCACUUCCUGCAGAUGCCAUGAUAGUGAAGGGUGCUGCAGGUUGGGCACACUGCAUUGCUGUAACAGCUGGUGGGGAAGUUUAUACGUGGGGGUGGAAAGAAUGCGUUCCUUCUGGAAAGGUUUUUACAGACCCUUCGUCAGGCUUAAGCAUAGAUAAGGAUACUUUUGAGAAGCAAAGCAUGUUGUUGAAUGAACAAGUGAGUCCUCGUUCCCAUGGUUCACGAUCAAGUGGAGGGUCUGUGUCCGGCAGUGAUAGUAGAGGGUCUGAUGAAAAUUCUAAGAGAAGGCGACUAUCGCCUGCUAAACAGGCAGCUGAAGGCUCAGCAUCCGGUGAUGAAGCUCUUUCUGCAUUCCCUUGUUUGGUAUCACUCAAUCCAGGCAUAAGGAUUGCCGCCGUUGCUGCUGGUGGUCGACACACAUUAGCAUUGUCAGAUGUAGGACAGGUGUGGGGUUGGGGAUAUGGAGGCGAGGGGCAGCUCGGUCUGGGAUCGCGGAUUAGAAUGGUAUCCUCACCUCAUCCUGUGCCCUGUAUUGAAUCAUUUUUCAACAAGGAUCACGCUAUGGGCCUUUCUCGUGGAAACAUGGCUUCAGAGGGUCAGGCCUUCAGAGUUCCUGGAAGUUAUGUUAAGGCUAUUGCAUGUGGCGGCAGACAUAGUGCAGUGGUUACAGAUGCCGGUGCCCUACUCACCUUUGGUUGGGGGUUGUAUGGACAGUGUGGUCAAGGAAGUACAGACGACGAGCUAAGUCCUACUUGUGUAUCUUCCUUACUUGGCAUCAGGAUAGAUGGCAUCGCAGCCGGGCUUUGGCACACCAUCUGUAUUUCGGCAGAUGGUGAUGUUUACGCAUUUGGGGGCAACCAGUUUGGCCAGUUAGGGACUGGCGCUGAUCAAGCUGAGACUCUACCUCGACUUCUAGAAGCUCCCAGUUUGGAAAACACACAUGCCAAAAUUGUAUCGUGUGGAGCUCGACACAGUGCAGUUGUCACAGAGGACGGAAAAACAUUCUGCUGGGGAUGGAACAAAUACGGGCAGCUGGGGUUGGGCGAUGUGAUCGACCGGAACAUCCCCUCUCAGGUGACGAUGGAGGGAUACACAGCAAAAAACGUGGCGUGCGGGUGGUGGCACACGCUGCUGCUGGCGGAAUCACCGAGUUGAAUUGAAGUAAUGAACACAACCUAUCAUCGAUGUUCUUGUUGCCGGGACACAAUUUUGUUAGGUUAGCAGUGACUACUAUUUAUUGAGGCCCUCUACUCAGCUCAUCAUCAUCAUCAUCAUCCUCAUCCUCAUCUUCAUAUUCAUAUAGAAAUACAUACGCACAGAUGGGUGCAGUUAUUAUUAUUAUUCUUUAGUGAUCAGAUCAUAUGAAAGGUUGUGUGAGUGUUUGGGUCUCUAAGUAAAAGUUUAGGCAUUGAGGGGCCAUUUUUAGCAGUGUACAUUCUUGAUGUUGUUGGUCAUUGCUCUGUGUGUUGGUUUGGGGUUAAACUGCGUAUAGCAAGUUUCUGUGUGUACUGAUUGUUGAUUAUUACAGUGCCAUUCUAUUUCAA